GCAGCUGCAGCAGCUAGCAACACUAUCCCCACUCUCCCACCUAAAUACCAGGUGUUAUAAAUAAGGGAGAAGAAUUUCUCUCGCUGGCUGAAACGCCAACCAGAGAAGCAGGCUGGGUGCCCAGUGCAUUCCCUUGCAAUCUCGCAACCAUGCCAGGAUUCCUUAUGCCCCUGCCAACCAGCAGGCUGUCUGGAGCUCUUGGGAGGUUAUUGAGGGUGUGGGGCAGCUGCCCUAUAACACUGCAAGGUGGGGGAAGGAAGGGUGCAUGUAGUGGAGGCGGGGUCCCCGUUUGUAGGCUGCCAGCGCACUGGGUGUUUGCAAGGGGCAUCCGGAGCUGGGCAGCCGCUCCUCCAUUGGCUAUGGCAGCCAAGGUGGAUCUGACCACGUCCACUGACUGGAAGGAGGCUAAAUCAUUUCUGAAAGGGUUGAACGCUAAGCAGAGGCGAGAGCAUUAUUUCACCAAGGACGUCAUUAAACUGAAGCAAAUUCCCACGUGGAAAGAAAUGGCGAAAAGUGCCCGGGUUAAGCCUCCGGAAGAGGCCAUCUACCCGAAGGACAAUCACCUGAAUGAGAAGAUCUCUCUCUUCCGUGGCGACAUCACCAAGCUAGAGGUGGACGCGAUUGUCAACGCGGCUAACAGUUCCCUGCUGGGAGGAGGCGGCGUGGACGGGUGCAUUCAUCGGGCCGCGGGGCCUUUGCUGAAAGAGGAAUGCCGGACCCUAAAUGGAUGUGAGACUGGCAAAGCCAAAAUCAGUUGCGGUUACCGUCUUCCAGCCAAGUGCGUCAUUCACACCGUAGGCCCGAUCGCUCAAGGGGAACCCAGCGCUGCCCAAGAGGCCGAACUCAGCGAUUGUUACAAGAACAGCCUGAAGCUUGCUGUGGAGAACAAGCUACGGACCGUGGCCUUCCCUUGCAUUUCCACGGGUGUGUUUGGCUACCCCAACGAGGCCGCUGCUGAGGUUGUGCUUCACACUCUGCACAAGUGGCUGGAGGAAAACAAGGACAAGGUUGACCGGAUCAUCCUCUGCGUCUUCUUAGAGACAGAUGAGGCGAUCUACAAGGAGAGGCUGCCUCGGUUCUUCCCUGUCGCUUGACCGCACUUCCUAGUCUCUGCAGG